AUGAUUUCUCGUGUUGGAUUAUUAAAAAGACCUACUGUUUCCACAUUAAACAACUAUGUCAAAUUACAAUCGACAUUAGGUCUUAAAAGAUAUACAUCAACUGUAUCAGCAACUUCUAAUCAAGAACAAGAAAUAUUAGUUGCUCAACGUAAAAAUAGACCAACAUCACCUCAUUUACAAAUUUAUCAACCACAAUUAACCUGGAUUAUGUCAUCAUUCCAUAGAAUCACUGGUGUUGCUAUGGCUGGAGCAUUUUAUGGUUUAACUUGUGGAUUUGCUGCUACUUCAAUUUUAAAUAUCCCAUUUGAUACUACUACUUUAAUUUCUUAUUUCACAGCAUUACCAAUUUUUGCUCAAUAUGGUUUAAAAGCUAUUUGUGCUUAUCCAUUUGUUUUUCAUAUUGGUAAUGGAAUUAGACAUUUGAUUUGGGAUUUUGGUAAAGAAUUAACCAUCCCUGGUGUUUAUAGAACUGGGUAUGUUGUUUUAGCUGUUACUGCUGUCAUUGGAAGUUAUUUGGCUUUCUUAUGGUAG